AUGGCUGUCAAGGGCAUGAGCAUUGCUGCUGUUUUCUUUGUUAUUGCAUCUGCUUUGCUGCUUCUUUCUCCUUUACCAUCCGCUGAUGCUAGUCCUCUCCUGAGUGCCUGCCGUUUUGAUCAAGUAUACCAACUUGGGGACUCCGUAUCAGACACUGGGAAUUUGAUCAGGGAAUCUCCACUUGGAGUCGCUUUACCUUUCGCCAGAAACCCCUACGAUCAGACCUUCUCCCACCGCAAAGCCACUGGCCGUUGCUCUAAUGGACUUCUUAUGAUUGACUACAUUGCCCAGGCGCUGGGUCUACCUCUCGUGAAUCCGAUCAAGGACACAAAGACAAAUUUUGAGCAUGGAGCAAAUUUUGCCGUAGUCGGUGCUACGGCACUAUCAUCAGCUGCUCUCGCCAGUCAUCAUGUUAGAAAUCCAGUCACCAACAGUUCCCUUGACGUGCAACUUCAGUGGAUGAAAGAUCACUUUCACAAAUUUUGCCACAAUGAUUGUGAAAGGAAGCUUCAAAACGCUCUAUUUAUGGUGGGUGAAAUCGGCGGCAACGAUUAUAAUUAUGCAUUCCUUCAAUACUUUGAUGAGGCUAGAGAUACACUUAGAAUUCAAGACUUGGUACCUCUAGUUGUUGCCAAAAUUAAGCAUGCUGUUGAGAAAGUUAUUUGUUUUGGAGCAAGGACAAUAGUGGUUCCUGGAAACUUUCCGAUGGGCUGUCUGCCAAUUUAUCUUACAAAGUUUGGGCUAGUAAGUGAAGUAGUUGACCAGAAGCAUUGCAUAUGA